GCGGCUCCUCCUCCAGCCGAAGGCUGUUUACGAAGAAAGGGGAGCUCGUCUUUUUGGCAAAAACAAGGGCUGAGACUUUAAUCGAGAGGAGCAGUGUGUCUGUUGCCCUCAGCUCAGGCUCUUUCUCUUUAGGCUCAUAAAAAAAAAAAAAAAAAAACUAUCUUGAGAAAUGGAUUCAGUCCGUCAUCGCUGCAAGAUGUUUCUUUCUUUGCACAUUGUUUUCCUCAGCGCAGCCUUCGUGGACAGCAGCUUUUUAAAUGCAGACCAAAAAGAGUGCAUUGAUUCCAAUGGAGUGAGUUACAGAGGAGAUAAGGCGAGUUCCUCCUCAGGCCUGCCUUGUCUAAAUUGGACCGACACGUCCACACAGUAUGAUCCUCACACAGGUGUGGGAGAUCACAAUUACUGCAGAAACCCGGACUCCUCAGAGCGGCCUUGGUGCUACAUUGCGGCCCCUGAUGGGAUCGUUCAGAAGCAGUUCUGUUCCAUCGAGCCAUGCCAAGAGCUCACUUCCACCAACGCGCCAGAGUCGGAGUCGGACGGCCCAACGGGUGCCACUCUCGACCCAAAUACCGAUCUCCCAUCAAAGACGCGCUCAUCUUUGGGAGAAGCCGCCGGUGUGCAGCCAGUGAUGGGAAUCAGCCAGCGGGUGCACACCGGACCCAAAAAGAAAAAGGAUCUGGGGACGCUUGGCUACGCCCUCGGCAUCAUCAUGAUGGUGGUUAUAAUCGUUCUUGGGGCGGGCAUCACGUUUGGCUACUUCUACAAAAGGGGCCGAGACCUGAAGAAGCAGCACGAGCAGCGAGUGUACGAGCGUGAGAUGCAGAGGAUCACCCUCCCCCUGUCAGCCUUCUCCAACCCCACGUGCGAGCUGGUCGACGAGAACACCAUUGUGGUGAUGGCCGAGCACGAGACCACCCCGGUCCAGGGGGAGGUGGAGGGCGAGGAUCUCCUCAUGGGCCAGCAAGCGGGCACUCCCGGCGCGUGAAUCAGGAUUUAUGAAUAAUCUCGUGGACCAAAAUGACCCUCAUGACCGUUUGGUGUCCAGAAGCAGUUUGAUCUGAUGACUGAUGCCACGUCCUGUUUCCUUUUAUUUUUGCCUACGUGAGACAAAUAAGGACAUAAGGAGAGGGAGCCGUUUGAUGUGUAUUUUGAUAUAUUUGAAAGCCAAAAAAUAAGCUGGUUGCCUGCCCUCUUAAUUAGGAGUACCAGAGACUUUGUCAGUGUUAUAACUGUGUGAGAUGAGGCCAUUGACAGGAAGCAUGGGCAUCAUUUGUAACCUUUUGAUUUGUACAUACUAUGCGGAGAAAGUGGACUCUCUGCUGAUGAAUAUGUGAUGAAUUGCAAUGUGCUUUGACCCGCUGGCUGUGCCGAGGGAGAACCAUACAUAUAAUGUAUAUAGAUUUGUAUAAACGUUGGGCAUGCGUGUAAAAAUAAGCAUCUCCCUCAAAAGUUAGGAUGAGUGGAGCAAAAAAAAAAAAAAGCCCACA